AUGCCCGCUCCCCUGAAUCUUGACGCCAAAUACACCGACGCCUUGAUUCAGGCCAUCUUGGACCGGCAUGCCGUCCUUCUCGAGGGCAACGAAAGCCGCCGUCUUGACCGGAAUCGACAGCGAAGCCAGGCUUGGGAAGAAGUCAAGAACCUUGUGCAACCCAUGAUUGAUAAACCAUUAACCGUUGAGGCUGUGAAAAGCACUUUUAAACAUCGACAGAUGAAGAUUAAGCGGAUGCUACAAUCUAUAAAGGAGUAGGUCUUAAGAGUUUUUACUGCUUGAAUCUAUGCUUCCGAUUCUAUUAUUUAUAUUGUAGUGAUAACACGGAUUCUGACGCAUGGCAACGGCUCCCGGAAUUAAGUGGUUUAAGCCAGGCCGAAACUCGACUUUUCCAUUACCUUUCCAGCUUCCAGGCGCCGAAGGAAGACACGGAUCUGGUGGUGGAAGAAGAUGCCAAAGGAUUUCCCAUGAAUUCGUCAGCUAUCCUGAGAAGUUUGUUAGCUUUGGAUGAAAAUGAAAACCGGCCUCAAAAAAGAAAUCAUGAGGAAGACGAGGCGUCAGAAUGCAGUAGAAAGAGUGCCAAACACGAUGGGAACACAUUGAUGGACUUACUAACCAAAAACGUAUGUGUUUCUCUUCUUAUAUCAAUACUUUUCUACAUAAAUAUUACGUAACAUUUCCAGUCACCAGAGUCAUCAAACGAAGAUUCCAACAACGAAAAUGCUGAAAAUAAUAAAGAAUACGACAUAGAGAGUGUCAUCUCGGAUAAAGAAUUCCUAUCCAAUUUUAAUAUUCCCCAUCUAAGCACAGCCCUCGAAGUAUCGGCCACACCCAUCAAUUACGCCUCUUCGAAUCACAGCGAACAAGACAGUAUUGUGCCUGAGGCCGUUAUCAAUGCGGUAGUCGAUAGGAAAGCAAUUCUUCUGGAAGAUAACAUGAGCAGGAAAGCGUGCCGGAACAGACAACGUUGUGAUGCCUGGGAAGAGGUUAGACAAGUCGCGGAAAAUGCUUCGACCAGUGGAUCUGUGACCUUAGACAUGGUAAAAGGAAUAUUCAAGUACAGACAAAUGAAGAUCCGCAGGAUUUACGAGGAAUACCAGAAGUAAGGAGGAUAUCAGGCUUUAAAACCAUACCUUUCGGGAUAUCGUUUAAUAAUGUUGUUCAGCAAGACCUUGGACAUCCAGAAAUAUAAUCUCUCAGAGGCGGAGCAACGUCUUUUCAAUUGGUACUGCACAUAUCAACCCCCCACACAUCACAGAUCCUCUAAUCAGUCCGAGCCGAAUGCCAAUGACAGUGCCCAAAGCGAGCGACCCAAAUCUCCCGAGAUAAAUAAUUUCGAUUCGUCUAAUUUGUUGAGCUUUUUGAAUCAGCCUCAGAACAUUCCAGAUGUCAGCAUCUUACACCUUCAGAAAGAAGUUUUACAAGUAUGUCCCAAUGUAAUUAUCGUAUUCCUGUCCGUGUAUAUGCACAUUUUUAUGGGCGAGGGACGUGGUUAUAUUUAAUUAUGUGAAAGGCACCUGUUUCAGAGUCAGAAAGAGCUGUUUGUUGAGCAAACAAAGAUGUGUCAGGCCCUGGUCACAACUCUGAAUGGCUUCGUCAACUGGCUGAACAACAACCAACUCAAAAACAAUCAUUGUAAGCAGUGUCAUUCUUCAGGGUAA